AUGAGCGCUUUCCGCUUUGCUCGUUCUGCCCUCCGGGCCCGUCCCACUGCCUUUGCUGCUCCUCUCCAGCGCAGAGGGUACGCCGAGGCCGUGUCGGACAAGAUCAAGCUGUCCUUGGUUCUUCCUCACCAGACCAUCUUCAAGUCCACCGGCGUUGUCCAGGUCAACAUCCCCGCCGCCAGCGGUGACAUGGGUGUCCUUGCCAACCACGUCCCGUCCAUUGAGCAGCUUAGGCCUGGUCUGGUUGAGAUCAUUGAGGAGGGUGGCUCUACCAAGCAGUACUUCCUUUCUGGAGGUUUCGCCGUCGUCCAGCCUGAUUCUCAGCUGAGCAUCAACGCUGUUGAGGGAUACCCCCUCGAGGAGUUCAGCGCCGAGGCUGUCAAGGCCCAGAUCGCCGAGGCCCAGAAAAUUGCCGGUGGUAGCGGUAGCGAGCAGGAUAUUGCUGAAGCCAAGAUUGAGCUGGAGGUUCUGGAGAGCUUGCAGGCCGUCCUUAAAUAGAUGCUUGAUGUACAUAUCCAGUCGCGCUUCCAUCAGCUUUGAACCUGUAGAAUUAUAACCAUUCUCUCGAAAG